AUGGAUGAUAUACACGCGCCAACCGUCUCGUCUGGGCCCACGUCCGCAGGCUACUCCAAUGGCAUACCAAAAGAGCAGCUGACGCUGCAGGAGCUCAUGGCCGAGAAGGACCGAGUAGAGACAGAGUUGAAGGCAUUAGGGCAGGUGCUGGAUUCGCAUGGCGUCCGCAUGAGCACCGGCCUGACCACCCUCGACGGCUUUCCACGCAGUGAUAUCGAUGUCCCCCAGAUCCGAACCACGCGCGCGCGCAUCAUACGGCUGAAGAAUGACUACAAGGACCUCAUGUCGCGCAUCGAGAAGGGCCUCCACGAGCACCACGCGCGGCUGGCAGCGCAGGCGGGCGACGCGACGACGGCCAACGGCGCCCAGGCAGGGCUGAGCGCACCGCCUGCCGCACUCGAAGCGCCCUUUGCAAAGGUCAACAGCGUGGUCGCAGACAGCCCGGCAGCGACGGCCGGCUUACAGGUGUACGACACCAUAACCAAGUUCGGCUGGGUGGACUGGACAAACCACGAGAACCUGUCGCGCGUGGCCGAGGCCGUGUCGCAGAACGAAGGAAUUCCCAUUACCGUCAAGGCGCUGCGACCCAACCCAUCGGGCGGCCCGGCAGAGACAGUUGAGAUGCAACUCACACCGCGGAGGAACUGGGGCGGAAGGGGGCUGUUGGGCUGUCACUUGCUGCCCAUGUAG